AUGCCUCCUCGACUAUUACCACGGCUAUCCCAACCUAUUUCAACCAUCGCCAACUCAAUCACCACAUCUUCAUCAAUCCCAUCCUUUCUCCUGCCAUUCCUCCAUCUUCAGUCGCGAAAUGCGUCCAUCCUAGGAUCUCUCUCCGAUCGACCCGGCGCAUAUAGUCGAAAGAUCCGACGUGGAAGAGGUCCCUCCUCGGGCAAAGGUGGAAAGUCUGGUCGUGGUUCCGAUGGUCAGAAACAGCAUGGAGGAGUUCCAGGGGGUUUCAAUGGUGGUCAAACUCCCGAUCAUAUCGUCCAUGGUAAAUAUGGUUUCAAGAACUUACAUGCUGUUGAAAUGUCCCCCAUAAAUCUCGAUCGGAUACAGGAAUGGAUUGAUCAGGGUCGUCUCGACGCUGCCAAACCCAUCACUUUAGCUGAGCUGUCUAAAAGCCGUGCCGUCCACAGUAUAAAAGAUGGCAUCAAACUCCUUGCCAACGGAGCAUCCACCCUGAAACAACCCAUCCACAUUGUUGUCUCUAGAGCUUCUCAAACCGCCAUCGCCGCAGUCGAAGCUUUGGGCGGAACAGUCACCACCCGUUUCUAUACGCCCUUGGCCAUGCUACGAAUCCGAAAGGGAGAAAUGCACCCAUAUGUCAGCAUGAAAUGGGAUCAGACAGGAAUCAACCGACCCGCUUUGAUGGUCGAGGGUGCAGAUCAACUCGAAUCUCGAGUCAAAGCCAUGGGCUAUGAAUAUCGUUUGCCGGACCCUUCAGGGAGAAAGGAUAUCGAAUACUACCGUGACCCCAAGAACAGAGGUUACCUGGCUCAUACCUUGGAGGAAGGAGAAAACCCAAGCUUGUACUGGAAACGCGUCCUCAGCCCCGAGCAGGUCAAAGUCCUAUUGCACAAGAAACAGCGUGGUACCGCUGCCAAACCAGGUAUCGAUUUGGAAAAUAAACUGUGGUAG